AUGGCCCAGGCCACGGAAACGUGCGCUGAAUCCGGACGCAAGCUGCGCUCCAUCUGCCGGAGAAUGUACGACGAGAACGAGGAUUUGUCCGACGUGGAGGAAAUGGCAAACAUCAGAGGUUUCAGUGUAGAGGAAAAACUUGCGAGUGACAGAUACAACGCAGACUUCGUGCACAUAAUGGAGGGCAAAGAGUUCACCUAUGAAUAUGUCCAGAGGGAAGCUCUCAGAGUGCCCCUCGUUUUCAAGCACAAAGAUGGCCUAGGAAUCCGGAUGCCUGAUCCGGAAUUUACUGUCAGUGAAAUUAAAGGCUUAGUUGGCAGUCGUCGAUCUGUGGAUGUUAUGGAUGUAAGCACUCAGAAAGGCUCUGAAAUGAGCAUGGCUCAGUUCGUCCGCUAUUACGAGACCCCCGAGGAAGAGCGGGACAAACUCUUCAAUGUUAUCAGCUUAGAGUUCAGCCACACUAAGCUGGAAAACCUCAUCAAGCGGCCCACUGUGGUAGAUCUAGUGGACUGGGUGGACAACAUGUGGCCACCUGAUCUUAAACAAAGCCAAACGGAGGCUACCAAUGUAAUAGCAGAAAUGAAGUAUCCUAAAGUUCAGCGGUACUGUUUGAUGAGUGUAAAGGGCUGCUACACAGACUUCCACAUUGAUUUUGGGGGAACUUCAGUUUGGUAUCACGUAUUCAAGGGACAGAAAGUUUUUUGGCUGGUGCCUCCAACUACUCAUAACCUUGCCCUUUAUGAGGACUGGGUUUUGUCCGGGAAGCAGAGUGAUAUUUUCCUAGGGGAUCGAGCUGAUGGAUGCCAGAGAGUGGAGCUCAAGCAAGGAUAUACCUUCUUUAUUCCCUCAGGUUGGAUUCAUGCUGUCUACACACCGGAGGAUACACUGGUGUUUGGAGGCAACAUUCUGCACAGCUUUAACAUUCCUAUGCAGCUUACCAUCUAUGACAUAGAGAACAGGACUAAGGUUCAUUCCAAGUUUCGUUACCCCUUUUACCACGAGAUGAGUUGGUAUGUCUUGGAGAGAUAUGUGCACUGCCUCACCAAGCGGUCGCACCUUUCUCUGGAGUUCCAUGGAGAGCCCAUGUCAGUGGACUUUGAGGCAAAGACAAGUGUAGAGAGCCCUUCAUCUGACUCAAGGAGCCAGGAUAUGGACGAGGACUCAUGUGAGAUGCAGGUCAGAGAAGAGCUGGGCGAAAAACCAGAAAGACAUACUCAGGAUGAUACCUGUUACCUUGACAACAAGAAAGGAAAACCCAACGAUUCUCAUAGCCCACAGCACUUCAGAGCUGCUUUGUUCACUGACUCUGAGGAUAGUUGUAUUCCCACAUCUACCUUUCCUCCAGAUUUCCCCAAAACUCCUGACUCCCCAGCUUCAGAGUCACACAGUAAAUGGACUCACUUGACUGAGUUUGAGUUGGAAGGCCUCAAAGCCCUUGUUGAGAAACUGGAGGCACUACCUGAAAAUAAAAAAUGUGUUCCACAAGGUAUAGAAGACCCACAAGCUCUGCUGGAGGAGAUGAAAGUUGUCUUAAAAGAGCAUGCAGAUGACGAUCCUAAAUUGGCAAUCAGUGGAGUACCUGUGGUAUGCUGGCCCAAGAAAACUGUCAAGCCGAGGCCUCUUAACAGGCCUAAACCUAAGAUGGCGGCGUCUCCGGCGUCCGCUGUUAAGCUGUCAUCUAGCCGUGGGACCUCAGGAGCCAGGAGAAGGAGAACGCGCUGUCGGAAGUGUGAAGCAUGCCUGCGUAAAGAAUGUGGAGAGUGCCACUUUUGUAAAGACAUGAAGAAGUUCGGAGGGCCGGGCCGCAUGAAACAGUCUUGCAUCAUGAGGCAGUGUAUUGCUCCCGUCCUGCCACACACAGCAGUGUGUCUGGUCUGCGGAGAGGCGGGGAAAGAAGACACAGUGGAGGAUGAGGAGGAAAAGUUUAAUCUUAUCCUAAUGGAGUGUUCAAUCUGCAAUGAAAUUGUACAUCCUAACUGCCUUAAGGUGAAGGAUGCAGGUGGAGUUGUAAAUGAUGAGUUGCCAAACUGUUGGGAGUGCCCUAAAUGCAACCAUGCAGGAAAAACAGGAAAACAAAAAAGAGGACCAGGUUUUAAGUAUGCGUCUAGCCUUCCUGGAUCUCUGCUGAAAGAGCCGCGACUGAACCGCGACAUAAAAGAGGAGCCCGACACUCCCAGCAUUACAGCGGUGGCUGUCACCGCCUUGAGCGCCGCAUCCACAGUUAAGAAGAAGGGAGAUCGGGAAGAAACUCCCAAGAGGAAAGACGAGGAGCCUCUAAAGAAGCCUCCCUCCAUUCUGUCUCUGGAGGCCAUGUCCCGGCCAAGACUUGAGGAUAACCCACUGAGGAAAAAAAGAAAACUGUUUGACACCAACGAUGAACCCGUUAUUGUUAAAAAGAAGAGGAAGUUUUCAAAACCUGAUGAUUCCUUGAGGCCCAAGCUGCUGCAGCAAAUUAAGACAGAGAAUGAUGAUAGUGAUGAUGAAGAGGGCCAAGAAGAUUGUGAAGAUGAAAACAUAUUUUUACUGGACAAGAUUAACAUAAAGGAAGAAAAAGGUUACGAUGAAGAAAAGCAAGAAGGAGAUAAGGAAGAGGAGGAGGAGGCACCGAAGAAGGAGAGGGAUUGUAGUGUAGAGGACAAAGUCAAGGUUAUGCUGAGCCCAUUGUUGAGGAAAUUAUCAGUCAAAGAAAAUAACCAGGCCUCUAACUCUCCCAGAGCUGGCCCAAGCAGUGAAUUAAGUGAUUUCCGGGAGAAAAGUGCUGCCCAGAUGAAAGCUCGCCAGCAACGUCGCCGCCUGCCCAACAAAGAGCUGAGCAGGGAGCUGAGCAAAGACCUCAACCAGGAGAUUAAAAAAGCUGAUGACUGUCUGGCUAACCAGAACAACCGACCACUGAAGAUGGAGGAUAGCCCAGUUAAUCACAAUCAACAACCAUUAAAGACGGAGGACCCUUUGACUCUUAAGCCCCGCAGGCCACUAAAAACAGAAGACUCAGCCAUAAGUCAGCACCGUAGGCCCCUUAAAACGAAGAAGGGCCUUGCCAGUCAGAACAGACGACCGCUGAAAAAUGACGACAGUCUGGCCAACCAAAACCACGGACCAGUAAAGACUGAACCUAAUAGUGAAGGAGAUGAGCCAAAGCUCAGACGGCCUCUCAGUAAUAACAGCAGUGACCUGGGUGACUGUGUGCAUCAAGGGGGGCAAGAAGUGAGUGGGAUGCCGCCCGGGUUCUCACCAUUGUGCUGGAACAGAACUCCCUCGAUCACGCCUGUAUGCCCCCGCCCACUUCCUUGUCGGUCACCGUCAAAGUACUUUCAAAUGGAGCGCCAUGUGAUCCGCCCACUCCCCAUCAGCCCUCCACCCGACAGACUACCCCUGGAUGAUGGUGAAACACACAUGAUACCUAGGGAGAUGUGGAUGGCGGUUUUCAGUUAUCUAACUUACAGAGAUCUGUGUGUCUGCAUGCGUGUCUGCAGGACCUGGAACAGAUGGUGCUGUGACAAAAGGCUUUGGAAGCAAAUUGAUCUGAACCGCUGCAAGUCCAUCACCCCUCUGAUGUUGAGUGGUAUCAUCCGUAGACAGCCAGUAGCGUUAGACCUCAGCUGGACCAACAUCUCCAAGAAGCAGCUCAGCUGGCUCAUCAACAGACUGCCUGGUCUACGGGUCCUGCUGUUGUCAGGAUGCUCCUGGGUGGCAGUCUCUGCUCUUUGCACUUCCAGCUGUCCUCUGCUACGCACGUUGGAUGUUCAGUGGGUUGAGGGACUAAAAGAUGCACAGAUAAGGGACCUGCUAUCCCCCCCAACAGAUAACAGGCCAGGUCAGUUAGACAACAGGAGUAAGUUGCGUAACGUUGUAGACCUACGCCUGGCAGGGCUAGACAUCACCGACAUAUCACUGCACCUCAUUAUCCGCUACAUGCCCUUGCUGUCCAAGCUGGACCUCAGCUACUGCAACCAUGUCACUGACCAGUCUGUCAACAUAUUAACUGCUGCAGGCACCACUACAAGAGAUUCUCUUACUGACAUCAACUUGUCAGUCUGCAACAGGGUCACAGACCAGUCGCUGACCUACUUCAAACGCUGUGGAAGCAUUUGUCAUAUUGACUUGCGCUACUGUAAGCAGGUGACCAAGGAGGGAUGUGAACAGUUCAUUGCAGAAAUGUCUGUGAGUGUGCAGUUCGGACUAAUAGAGGACAAAUUGCUUCAAAAGCUCAGUUAAUUGUAAGAAAAUUCAUCAAGGACAGCAUACCUAAUACCAGUGAUGAUGGUGUUUUCCACACGGAGGCAGCAGUGGCCUGUGUUUUAGUGGAGAAAGCUGUUGAAUUUCACAAGCCCCUGUGGGUUACUCCACAUGCAUAGGAAAGUGUCUGUACUCGAUGACGAACUUUGAUUAUAAGGGAACUUGUGCCGCUAACCCAAAAUGUCUUUUAAAAACAGAAUUACUAACAGGCAAGUAAGGUGCCAGUCUCACUGGAAUAUUGCAAGCAUGCUUUUCUUGUCCUUUUCCUGAAUUUAUUGCACCCUUUUGUAAGUUAUUUAUUUCUUCAGAAGAACUGUGUAUGUAUCAUGUUCAUGUUUUGUUGUGCAUAGACUUAUUUUUUGUUCCAGUGUAAAUAGAAUGCAUUAUAGAGUAAUAUUUUUGUAUCAGAGUGUUUCAUACAUUUAUGUGCAAUAUUGAAUGCACUGGUGAAUCAUUAGUGUAAUGUAUGAUUUCAACUUGAAUUGAUAAUCAGUCUGCAUCACUGUCUGGUUUAUUUAUUUUUUUGAGGGCUUAAGUAGUGAUGAUUUUUUUCACUAAAAUGCUCGGAUGGUAGCCUGUGUCCCUGUUUAUUUUUCAUAUUUUAGUCUAUUUUUGUGGCAAUGGCAUUUUUUAUGGGACAAGUGUUUUAGUUUUUGGUUUUCAUAAGACUACAUACUAUAUUACUAUGUAUAGUUAGAUUUAACAUGUAUAGUAAAAACCUAUUUGCACUGAUACUUAAACAUGAAUAUGUGUACAUAUAUACACCGAUUAGUCAAAACAUUGAAGCCAAAUUCCUAAUGUAGGUCCCCCUCUUGCCAACAAAACAGCACUGCACCGUGGAGCCCUGAACUCCACAAGACCUCUUAGGCUGUCCUCUGGUAUCUGGCACCAAGACGUUUGCAGCAGAUCCUUUAAGUCCUGUAAGUUGCGAGGUGGGGUCUCCAUGGAUCGGACUUGUUUUUCCAGCACAUCCCACAGAUGCUCGAUCAGAUUGAGAUCUGGAGAAUUUGGAGGCCAGGGCAACACCUUGAACUCUUUGUCAUGUUCUUCAAACCAUCCCUGAAUGUUCCCAAUUCCUAAUGUUUUGGUGCCAAAUACCAUAGGCCAACUUCAGGGGUCUUGUGGAGUCCAUGCCUCAGCAGGUCGGCGCCGUUUUAGUGGCACACGGAGGACAAACAGCAUAGUAUGCAGGUGGUCGUAAUGUUUUGUCUCAUCAGUUUAUCUGUAUGCAGAUAUACAUAUGUAUAUGUACAUUUGUAUAUUGCAGAAUUUAUAUGAUCAUGCUAUAUUCUAUUUUUAUUGUUCUGAGUCUAUAUGUUAAUAGGAAACAGCUGCAUACUAGGAGACACUUAUUUUGUCACAUUACAUCACAUUACUUCUCUGCAUUUCUGGUGCUCAAUAAAAUAAGGAAUACUAAUGC